AUGCAUAGAGUAGCCUCCACAAUAAAGAAUUAUCUGGCUCAAAUGUCAAUAAUGCUGAGACCAAGAAAGCGAGUCUUAUUUUACCACCCUGCUGUGCUGUGUUUAGUUGCUCAGUUGUGUCCGAUUCUUUGGGAUCCCAUGGACUGUAGCCCACCAGGCCUCUCUGUCUGUGGGGAUUCUCCAGGCAAGAAUACUGGAGUGGGUUGCCAUGUCCUCCUCCAGAGGAUCUUCCCAACCCAGGGAUCAAACCCAAGUCUCCUGCAUUGCAGGCAGAUUCUUUACCAUCGGAGCCACCAGGGAAGCCCUUUUACCACCUUAAAUGAACUUUAUUUAUAUUGUAAGUUUCCAGUAGGAUAUUUUUCCCACCCAAAUGAGCGGCCAAACACUAAUAUUGUUGAUACUGAGGCCUGA